AUGGUGGGCCAGGAUCUCCAAGUCGCCCCGGAGGCUCCGAAGCGCCUCCAGGUGCUGGUGCUCCAUGGAAGGCAGUCCAACGCGAAUUUGGCCAACUUCCAGAUCUCUGGAUUGAAGACGGCUUUCGGAAAGGACGUGGACUUCGACUUCCUGGAAGGGGCCCUUCCUUGGACCUACAGGCCCGGCGUGGACUUGCACGAUGCGGACCCCAUGUCCAUCAACCUGUCCAAGGGCAAGGAUUUCAAGGUGUGGUUCACGCACACCACGGAUGACAAGAGAGACCGGCCGGAUCUUUACAAGCAGCAGGACCCAGGUGUCUGUGUGACCUACGACGGCGUAGAAGCUGCGGUCGAGAUGCUCCUUGACCGGGUGUCGAACGGCCCGCGAGUGGAUGUUGUGGUCGCGAUGUUUGAGGGCAGCAUUGUCGUACACCUCGCUGCCGUCAAGCUCAUGAGCCAAGGCCAGCGUGUGCCCUGGCCCGUCACGGUGUUCUUCGGAUCCCUGCCCAUCCGCGAUGACAGAUUGCUCGCUGCUUUCGCGGACGGUGCCAAGAUAACACAUCCGACCAUCCACGUUUUCGGCAAGAACGACGAGUACUAUUUCUAUGGCCGCAGGGGCGCGGGACGCUUGGCUCCUGAGGACUACUACGAGGCACCUCUCAUUCUCGAGCACAUAGAGGGGCACCGGCUUCCGUCGCUGCAGCCCCAAGCAGGUGCACUUUACGCCCAAGUGGUGAAGGAAGUCAAGGUCUGCUGUGGAGUUCCUCUCGACGGAGGUUACGACCCCAGCGAGUUCCACUCCUGGCGCCGCAGUCGUCGACCUGCAAAGCCCCUGGCACCACCAGUGUUGGAGAUGGAGCAGAUGAUUCCGCGCAAGCUGCGGAUUUUGGCUUUGACCGGAGGCCAUUCCUGCACGGAAGUGCUGAGGUACCAGUUAGCACCACUGCGGCAGGCUGUUGGCCGGGAUCUGGCUGAGUGGACAUUCAUCGAAGGCUCAGAGGACUGGAACUGGUAUGAGGGCGAACCCAUCGUGAGCGACAUGGAGCAGAAGUUGGCCAAAGGUGCCCAACUGAAGAAUUGGUACAUGGACUCCAUCUACGAGGAGACGCCAACGAAGAAGCCGAACCGCGAGAAGCAGUUCGAUCCGAAAUCACGCCUGGGGUACCACAAGAUUCCAGAGAAGGUGGAGCGCCUGAGGGAGCAGAUCUAUGAGGAUGGGCCCUGGGACGUCCUGGUGGCGUUCUCGCAGGGCUGCAUCAUGACGCACCUGCUGGCGGGGCACUUGCGAAAGGAGCCGCCGGCCAAACAGGCUUCCAUGCGCUGGCAUCACACGCGCAAUGGCACGGAGCAGAUGCCAUGGCGACUCAGCGUCUUUUUCUGUGGCAUGCACAUCCGCGACAAGGAGUUUAUGCACCUCUUUGAGACACCUCUGCCGCAUCCGACGGUUCACGUUUUCGGCAAGGAGGAUGAGUUCUACGACUACGGUCGUGACGGCUUCGGCUACAAGCCUCAGGAGGAGUACUACAUUGACCCUGUCAUCCUCACGCACGAGGAGGGGCAUCAGUUUCCCACGAAGCAGCCGCGCGCGAAGCAGAUUUAUGACCGUGUGGCUGCAGAAAUCUGGAGGCAAUGCGGUGGCCGGCCGGGCCGAAGCUGA